AUGGCUAAUAACCUGGAAGAAGAACAAGAAAGAACACCUUCCUCGGACAUGCUAUUCCUAAGAGUCAUGAGCAAAAGGCGAAUAUGGGUAUGCAUAUUUGUCCUAGUAUACGCAAUAAUCCUAACCUCCUCUUGGAAUUUUCUCAAAUCUAUACUUUUUUGGUACAAUCUGCAAUCGAAAUCGUCGUCGUCAACUUCCGGUUGGCUCGCUUUUUACACGUUCGUGCUUCUCAGAGCGGUGUUCGGGGUCGUCUCGAUGGUGGCGGCUCUGGCGGUGAUGAUGCCGGCGACACUGGUGACGUGGAUCGCCAUUGUCGUGCUCUUGGCCUUCUUCGGCAUGUCGAGGAAAGAAAAUAAACAAAAGGAUUGA